AUGAUGUUACAAUCUAUGUGCAAAGGCUGCCGAUGGACACGGUUUGUUGGGCCCAUCAGAAGAUGGAAUUCUACUGGUCCGAAUGGAAGAGUAUCUUUUUCUUUUAAGGACUUAUCCAGUCAAGAGGAUAUCACGAACAUUUCUUACCCUUCCGCCCCCAGUUCUUCUUCUGGGAAGACGAAUAGUAGUAAUGAGGUUUACAAGCCUCAACAAGAGGUGGUGAAGUAUAUCUUGCAUGGGAAAUUUACCAAAAACAACACGCAUUUGACAUUCUCCAGCGUGAUGGAGGACAAAAACUUCCACAAGAAUAAGGGGCUUACGUACAACGAUACGAUGUUAUACUAUUUGAACCUACCUCAAAAGGUGAGAAUCUCGCUAUCUACUGGUUGUUUAGGGUUCAGAAAGGCUGCUAGAGGGGAGUAUGAAGCUGCAUUUCAAACCAGUAGUAAAAUGUUUGAAUUAAUCAAGGAGAAAAACAUGCUGAAUAAAGACAUUGAGGUGGUUAUGGACGAUUUUGGGAAGGGCCGGGCUGCAUUUAUAUCUGCUCUUGUUGGAAAGGAAGGUGCCAAUGUUGUGAAGAAGAUCGUGAAAAUUAGCGACGCCACCAAAUUGAAGUUUGGUGGCGUGAGAUCUCCAAAGAUGAGAAGACUAUGA